AUGGCAGUCGGCCGAGCACACCGCGCCAUGAACCGCGCUGGGGCUUCCCAUGCUCAAAACCGGCUUAUUGCGGGUUCGAGAAGGAGAAAUCGUCGGGGCCAAACCCAGCUCGUUCAUCGACCAACAACUGAAACCAAGGUCACUCUGGAGCAUAGCAAGCAGCUUGUCAGAGUUGCCAUCACAGCUACUAUCAGUACUAUUGCCUGGAUCCGGAGAUGUUUUGGCCCGGAUUAUCGAUGGAAAUAUCGCUCAUGUGAUCCCGCAGACCCUACUUUCAACUACGCUAGCUAUAAAGAUGGUCUCGAACCUCCCGCCGAUUUUGAUUCAACCCCUGGUUUGUAUCAAUGGCCAGUAAUAACUGGUGGACAGCAACAAGCAGCCGAUAAGCUUCUUACCUGGUUGGAAGGUGGCGUUAGAGAUGCAGUCGAGAAAGGGUUCCUGUCCAAGUUGCAGCUCAAUUUCCAUACCGCAGAGGGCACAGCAUCCCCUUCAAAUAUCAUCGAGUCGUAUACGAUGGCUUUUACUUACGAAAAAGAGGGCAUCUCCCAACUGAUUGGAACUGAAUUCAGCGGCCAGAGAGAUGAAGAUACCCCUAUGCUUGUUCAUGAUGCCAAUACGCAAAUGAUUAAUCUCGUUAACUCCGUUUGCGAGAGGGUGAGGUGCUUCGACAAAUGCAGGGAAUCAAGCUCCGAGCCACUUGGACGCAAAUUAACGAUGAAAUUGGAAUUCAACGACAGAUGUCCGCCUGACUAUCAGCCAGAUUCAUUCUGCCCAAGCAAGGACCAAGCCGGUAUCAGUGACCUAGCUCCUAAUCAUGAGGUUUUAACAAUGCAAAGUGAUUUCCAUCGUGUGUCAGUUCAGUUGCCCAGUUAUGACCCAUCUCAAGACCGAGGCCAAAUGCCUCAGUCACCAGAACCAUAUGUGCAGCGGGAUGAAGACUUACCGGACACCGCUGACACUCCAGACAAUAUCUCUAAUGGCCGUUCUGAAACAGUGUCUUCCAGAUCUUAUGACGCGUUUCAGACUCCGGAUAAAUUAUCUGCACAAGCCGAGGAGAUCCACACGCAGCCGGAAGUUAUGUCAAUGCUAGAGAAGAUUGGCAUAUCAAGGAGCUCCAAUGACGGAACUCAGGAUACUAUACUUCUUUCGAAAUGCCGCUUCCUUCCUAACAGGGAAGCAUCAGCAACGGUCCACCCAGCUGCCCCCUUCCAAGCUGAUGUUACCCAUCGACGCUAUGCAGGUCAUGUUUGUGAGAAGCUUGAUAAAAUUCGGGCUCACCAAGUUAAUACAUCAGACUACGGCCUCGACGGGCCUUCUAGCACGCAACCUAAGGUGGCAUGUGAAUGCCGAGUGUCCACCGAUCAAGAAAACCUUAUGAAAUGCGGUUUAUGUGAUAACUUCCAACAUAUGCAGUGCUAUGGAUAUUACGAGUCAAAAUCUGCAAAGGUUGAAUCGGCGUGUUAUACUUGCCUGCUAAAAGAUGAGGAAAUAGUAUCGUCUGGAAUGGAUAUACUUUGCAUCAAACGACGAAUUAUGUAUUGCCUCCUCGCGGUAGGUGGAAACACGGUUGAAGAAAUUGCUAGAUAUAUUGAUCGUGAAGUGCAAGUUGUGGAAACCUUUCUUCAACACUUAGAAAAUAAAGGCUAUGUCGAACAGAGGAAGCCGACUAAGAAGCCUCGAACCAACCAGAAGGUUACAAAGACUGAAUACAGUGUUAUAGCAGAUGAGUUACAGCUUCGUAGAGAGAUAUUCGAUCCCGAUUUAGGAAUUGCACACCAUCUUAACUUUUCGGAUACCUUUGUGGGAGAGCACCAAGCUGCUUCUUUAGGCCUCUCCACAGAGCCUAGCGUGCAACAACUUGAUGAGACUGAUCCGAGCCAAAGGGCAAGAGAAAAUGCUCUCCUAGCGGGUAGUAGCACACAGGGGACGCCCAGCCCGAGGAUUCCCAGAUCAUUUGUCAAGUAUGCCACAAUAUCUCGAUCCCACAGCCCGGAGUUUCAUAAUUGGCUACCUAGUCAAGAGGAAACUAGUUCCGCGAGACUAAAACGAAGCCAUGAGGCGUCUCUCAAUGGCGGGAGAAAAGUUGUUAGGUUCUGGGAUGCCCGCAGCCCCCAGAUAGUUCACCCUCGAAUUUAA